AUGCGCUGUGACGUGAUCCUGAAUGCUAGUGAACACCAAGAAGUAGAAGAUGAUUCUGCAUUGGUUAGACAGACCGUGUGGAAAGCCAAAUCAAAAGCAGAGAACCUCACGAAGAAGCAGAACUGGUCUGGUAAUCCUAAUAUCAAUGGCUUGAAGAAGGACAUUCCCAUCGAGGCGUUGCUAAUGCUACAGGCAUCCAUCAAAAAGAACUCUGAUGGAAAGUCAGCAGUUGUGUCAUUGUUGAACAAGUACGAUCUGGAGCAUCAGAUUGUACUGGUCAUGGAGAGGCCAGUCCCGUCUGUGGACCUGUUCACUUACAUUACGAGAUGCAGACUUGGCGCACUGCUGGAGUGUGAGGCAAAGAAUAUCAUGAAGCAGCUGGUUGUUGCAGCUAUCAACAUGCACGCUGUGGAUGUUUUCCAUCGAGAUUUAAAACAAGAAAAUAUUCUUCUGGAGGCCACCUCUGGCGUCCCUCGUGUGCGAAUUAUUGACUUUGGCUGUAGUUGCUUAGCCAGCAAUGAGCCUUACCGGGAUUAUAACGGCACAUUAUGUUAUGCUCCUCCGGAGUAUGUUCUAAGACGGACAUACAGCGCCGGUCCAACCACUGUGUGGCAUUUGGGCGCUCUUCUCUUUGAAUUGAUGGCUGGAACGAAGCGCUUUGACACAGUCAUGUUCCUUUCCCAGAUGCUAAGACUGAAUCGGGUUCUAUCGGAAGAAUGUGAAGAUUUCUUGUGGAAAUGCUUGAAUUUGGAUCCGGAGAAGCGAGCCACCUUGGAGCAGAUGCAGGAGCACCCAUGGCUUAUAUGA